UUAGGAGUAGAAAGUAAAACUGAGGAAGUGUUUCAGGCUCUGAGAGAGGAGGAACUAAAAGAGAGACAGAGAGCAAAUAACAUUGGUGAAAGAUUUAAUGAACUUGUUGACAGAUACGAAGAACGUUCAGAGGAAUACAAGAAGAAUAUCAAAGAUUACAAUGAAUUGCUUGGUAAUAACAGAGAAUUGAUGGGGAGGUUCGAGUCUUUACAGGAAAGGUAUACUGAAUUAGAUGACAGAUUUGGUGAUAAAAAUAGAGAGUGUGAAGAGUUAAAAAGAAAAUAUGAAAAUGAAAAACAAAAACAUUAUGAAGAAGGUUUAAACGUUGCUCUAGCACAGCAGGAAAAUAAGAGUUUAUCACAGCAAAUAGAUGAUAAGAAUCAGCAGUUAAUGAAAGUUACUGGCGAAAAGAGUCAAUUAACAAUCAAAGGGGAAGAAAAGGGUAAAAGUAUAGAAAAACUAACUAUUCAAAUUGCUAACUUGCAGGUAGAUAAUAACAAAAUUCGUCAAGAGUUAGCCAAAAUUCAGGAAGAAAAAAAUAAAAAAAAGCAAAAAGAUGAAUGGAAAAUUGCUACUCUGCAUGAACAGUUGAUUCGGUCACAAAAAGAUAAGAUAAGUGGAGAACUUAAUAAUAAAAAGAAGAAUUUAGAGGUUCUUUUUCACGAAUCCGGGGUUAAUCAUCAACAGUCACGUAAACUACAAGAUGCCUAUGAUUGA